GAGGUGGACAGGCGCACAUUUUGUCACUCUCUUUCACCCGGGGCGCUGCUAGUCGGUGCUGCCAGCUCAACCAGCAUGUCUGUGAUCGUGAAGCUGAAGAAAUGGAAGGAGAGCAGACCAAACAAGAAUACGUUCCCCACCAGCCACCUGGAGACUUGGCCUGAGAGGCAGCGACGCAAGACAGCCCUAUUCAUCAUCUACCUCAAGACUCUUGUCUACUUCUCUGUGGUUGCCAUGGUGAUGCCGCCGACGUGGCCUUACCUCCAGUCGCUGGAUCCGAACGCGUCCAAGACGCUGGUUGGCUGGAUUAUUGUUGGCGUUCCGGCGCUGCGACCAAUCAACGCGCUGCUGGUGGGAUGGGUCCUCAAGCACCUCUCGAUCCGGACAGUGACCAUCAUCUCGGGCAUAUUCAUCCUGGCAUCCUGCGCCAUGUGGUCUACUGCUUAUCAUGCGCCGAUAUACGGCGGCUACUGGCUGCUCGUCUCGCGGUUCGUGAUCGGCUUCUUCGGCGCCGAGUUCCAGAUCGGCACGACCCACGUGGCGGCGGCCACCACCCGGGAGGAGCGCAGCACGGCCAUGACCAUCCUGGCCGGCUGCCUCAGCAUCGCCUACAUGAUGGCGCCAGGUGUGAUGUCGAUCAUCUCGUACGUGGGUCCUGUGGGCGUCACCAUCUGCGGCUACAUCCUCAACAUGUACACGGUGGCCGGCCUGCUCGGCAUGGUAGUGUACGGCACCGCCCUGGUGCUGUUCAUUGUCUACUACGAGGAGAACGACAUCGCUGUGCGGGAGGACAAGCUGAACGAGGCGACAGCGCCGCCGGUCAGCGGAGAGACGGACGAGGCGCCUCAGUCGCCGGUCGUCACCGAUUACCUGGCAGUGGCCAUAUGCAACCUGCUGGGCGCCCACUGCUACGGCUGGCUGCAGCUUCCGGACACCAUGAUGACGCCUAUGGCGAUGGACCUGUACGGCUGGUCGGAGGAGCACGCCGUCCGCCGCGCCGGCAACAUUCUCACCCUCUACGGCGUGCUGGCGCUGGCCGGCUUCGCGCUGUCCGGCCGCCUCGCCAAGCGCUUCCCCGAGCGCGGCAUCAUGCUCGCCGGCAACUUUAUGUACCUGCUGGGCGCGUUGGUCAUGUUCCCGGUGGCGGGUCCGACGCCGCCGCUGGCCGGCUCGCGCGGCGGCCUCGCCUACGCCAUGAACCUGGCGGGAGCGGCGCCGGCGGGCCUGCCGCUAAGUCUGCGUGACCUUGACCCGGUCACGGGCCGUCAGCUGGGCUGCCCGCCGUCGCAGACCUGGUGCCUCACCGAGCCGCGGCCGCACCUGGCGCAGCUGGUGAUCAGCUUCGGCUUGGUGAUGACGGCCACGCCGUUCAUGCUGCCCAUGGUGAACUCGGUCAUCUCCAAGCUACUACCGGCCGGCAACCAGAGCUUCAUGUGGGGCGUGGUGAACGGCUCGGCCAACGUGGGCCGGCUAGUCUACCCGCUGCUCAACAUCUACCUGUACACGUACCUGGGGCCGCGCGCGCAGUACGGCGCCAUGAUCGGCCUGUGCCUGCUGACGGUGACGCUGCAGCUGGCGACGUACCGCCGCCUGAAGCCGAGAGGGGCCACCGAGGAUCAGAUCCCGCUGACAGAGUCGGCCGGCACCGACUACGGCACCGCCGGCACCGAGAAGGCACGCGGCUAACGCGCGCAGGCGCGAGGGUAGAGGGCAGGGA